UUUUCACGGAAUCAACGGUCUGUUCAUUUUGAUUAAUAGCCCGGGAAACGUCCGCUCCUGACGGCGUCGUUCCAGACCGAACUCGGCGUUUAGCAGGAGAUGCAUGCUUUUUGAGUUCCUCCCGAAAACAAAAACACUGACAGUGUCAUGUUCGUAAAUAGCUCUGAAUUCCCGGGGCAAUUUUCCGGUCAGCGAGAUUUCUUCUCUCUCCUUUUUCUCACAGCAGCAUUUGUCCUUUUCGUUCUUUGUUUAGCAUUUGCUGCUCUGCUUGCUUGGUCGCUUCUUCUCAUUAUUAAUUACCAGCUGUACCCUCUACUCCCACCUUUUCCCCCUGCUCUAGCUGCUGCUUCACGAACAUUGAGACUGUAGCGAGAGAGAGACUGUGAGUCAGUGAGUGUGAGUGUGACCGAAGAAGAAGAAGAAGAAGAAGAAGAAGAAGAAGAAGGGGAGUGCAAGCUUUAGAUCUGAAGCAUAACUAACCUUCCCCGCAUAGCCCUACCACCAAGUACGAUCUGGGUAAUUGGACUUGAAGUGAAUGGCAGUCACAGACACUCAGAACCCUUUAGUUGCAGAAACGACCUGUGGUACUUUGCUGCAGAAGCUUCAGGAAAUUUGGGAUGAGGUUGGCGAAACUGAUGAGGAGAGGGAUAAGAUGCUUCUCCAAAUAGAUCAAGAGUGCUUGGAUGUUUACAAGAAGAAAGUUGAACUGGCAGCAAAGUCAAGGGCACAGCUGCUACAAGCUCUGUCAGAUGCCAAAAUAGAGCUUUCAACUCUCUUAUCUUCCCUUGGGGAUAAAAGUUCUGUUGGAAUUCCGGAGAAGACUUCUGGAACAAUCAAGGAGCAACUUGAAGCCAUAGCACCAGCACUUGAACAGUUGUGGAAACAGAAAGAAGAGAGAGUGAGGGAAUUCUCCGAUGUGCAGUCACAGAUACAAAAGAUUUGUGGAGAUAUAUCUGGGAGCUUGAGCACUAAGGAGACUCCGGUAGUUGAUGAAUCUGAUCUAUCUUUGAAGAAGUUGGAUGAAUACAAUGCUCGCCUACAGGAACUUCAGAAGGAGAAGAGUGAGAGACUGCACAAGGUCCUUGAGUAUGUGAGCAGUGUACAUGAUCUCUGUGCUGUCCUUGGGUUGGACUUCUUUAGCACUGUAACUGAUGUUCAUCCAAGCUUGAACGAAUCUACUGUUGUUCAAUCCAAAAGCAUUAGCAAUGGUACAUUGGCAAGGUUAGCUAAGACAGUCCUGGAGCUCACGGAAGAUAAGAAGCAGAGGCUCCGCAAGCUUCAAGAGUUAACGACUCAAUUGAUUGAUCUGUGGAACCUGAUGGAUACUCCGGACGAUGAAAGGAAAUUGUUUGACCAUGUUACAUGCAACAUAUCGGCUUCAGUUGAUGAAGUGAACAUGCCUGGUGCUCUUGCUCUAGAUCUCAUUGAACAGGCUGAAAUUGAAGUUGAAAGGCUUGAUCAGCAAAAGUCUAGCAGGAUGAAAGAAAUAGCCUUCAAAAAGCAAUCAGAACUUGAAGAGAUCUUUGUUCAUGCUCAUAUAGAGAUUGAUCCUGAGGCUGCUCGAGAAAAAAUCAUGGCACGGUUAGAUGCCGGGAAUGUGGAGCCGGCUGAGUUACUAGCUGACAUGGAUAGUCAAAUUUCAAAAGCCAAAGAUGAAGCUCUUAGCAGAAAGGACAUUCUGGACAAGGUGGAGAAAUGGAUGUCUGCAUGUGAAGAAGAAAGUUGGCUUGAAGACUAUAAUCGGGAUGAUAACAGGUACAAUGCAAGCAGAGGUGCACACUUGAAUCUCAAGAGAGCAGAAAAAGCCAGAAUUGUAGUCAACAAAAUUCCAGCUCUGGUUGACACCUUGGUUGCCAAAACUCGGGCAUGGGAAGAGGAACGUGGCCUGCAAUUUACAUACGAUGGUGUUCCUCUACUAGCCAUGCUUGAUGAAUACGCCAUGCUUAGGCAGGAAAGAGAAGAGGAGAAGCGGAGGAUGAGAGAUCAGAAGAAGUACCACGAGCAGCAAAACACAGAGCAAGAAACCAUCUUCGGUUCGAGGCCAAGUCCAGCACGACCGGCUGGACCCAAGAAGGUGGUUGGUCCAAGGGCAAACGGAGGAGGCUCGAACAAUGGAACUCCGAGCAGGAGGCUGUCUUUGAACACUUCUCAGAAUGGCAGCAGAUCAGGAAGUAGAGACAGAAGGGAGGCGAGGCUUUCUGCUCCUACUAAUUUCGUCGCGAUAACAAAGGAGGAUGCUGCCUCCCAGGUCUCUGGUACUGAACCGGUUCCUGCUUCACCGUAGGGGAGCCGAGGAGUAAGAUGUAGGCUUUACACCAUUUGCACAACAUCUAUGUUGUUAUUACUAGUAGGAAUUUGUUGGUGUAGUGGUAUAGAUAUGAAGGAGACAUGAUAAACUGGAGAGUUUAAGAUAGUACCCUGUGCCCCCCCUGUUCUGUGUAUUAUUGCCAUUUGGAAGUUUUAUCCUCUAGUCUGCUGCAAAUCUGUGUCGAGGAUUUCUUAUGCAUGUUUCCCAUCGCUCCACACUGUUACGUUCCUAGCAACUAAUGUUCUAACCCAACUUGCAGCUGACCUAAGCUGUAAUCCCCUAGGUCUACCAUGAUCCAACUUUUGAUCUCAUAAGCAGGCUACAAUCAUGUCACAAUCUUCAUAUAGG